AUGCCUGAAGAAAUCCCAGUUGAUACAAAACCUCCUUUGGAUACCAGAAUAGGGAAAGACGAUCCUUUUGUCUUUGGACAAAGAUACUUAAACAACAAAGACGAAGUGUUCAAUCACAAUGCUUGGGAUAAUGUAGAAAUGGAUGAAGAACAAAUUGAGAUGGCUAAAGAAUUGAUCGCUAAACAAGUGGAAAAUCCAGUUAAAGAUUUCGAAAAAACCUUAUACAACGCUAACCCUGCUAAAUAUUGGGAUAUUUUCUAUAAACACAACAAAGAGAAUUUUUUUAAAGAUAGAAAAUGGUUACAAAUCGAAUUUCCUUCAUUAUAUGAAGUCACCAAAGAAGAUUAUACUAAACCUACUACUAUUUUGGAAAUAGGUUGUGGUGCUGGUAAUACCAUGUUCCCAGUUUUAGAACAAAACAAAAACCCCAACUUAAGAAUCUUCGGAUGUGACUAUUCCAAAGUUGCCGUUGAUUUAAUCUUAAGUAAUCCAACUUUCAAAGAAAACAGUGAAAAAGGUAUCGCAUAUUCAUCAGUAUGGGAUUUAGCUAAUGAAGAACACAAAUUACCUGAUAAUUUAGAACCAAACUCUUGUGAUAUCAUCAUCAUGGUUUUCGUUUUCCUGGCCUUACAUCCAGAUCAAUGGGCUAAUGCAGUAACAAAUUUAAUGAAAGCUUUAAAACCUGGUGGUCAAAUAUUAUUCAGAGAUUAUGGAAGAUAUGAUUUGGCACAAAUUAGAUUCAAGAAAGGAAGAUUAUUAGACGACAAUUUCUAUGUAAGAGGUGAUGGAACAAGAGUUUAUUUCUUCACUGAAGAAGAGUUGAGAGAAAUCUUUGUUAAGAAUGGACCUUUCAAAGAAACCAAAAUCGGUACUGAUAGAAGAUUAUUGGUCAAUAGAAAGAAACAAUUGAAAAUGUAUAGAAUUUGGUUACAGGCGGUAUUUAGUAUAUAA